CAAUCAAUCAAUAUUUCAUAUCCACUUUCAUAUAUUCAUAAUUAACAUUUUAUUACUCGAACCACAACAUAGCAAAACAUUGAACAUAACAAAUAAUGAUGUUUACAAAUCGAAUAAGCAACAAGUUGUCAUUAUGGAUCUGUUUGGGAACAAUGAUGAUAAUGAUUGAUAAUUGUAGCCCGACAAUGGCAACCAUAUCACAAAUGAUAUGGCCAAAUAGUCAACAACAGCAGCCAUCUUCGAUUAACAAUUCGGCAAUCAAUCCGGCAAUUCGAUUAAAUCUAAUUGGACAAAAUCAAUCGAUGGCCAAUGCUUUUACAUCGGUCAAUUCAUCACCAUCACUGACAUCAGAUCAUGAUCAAAUGAUGAUCGAUUCAUUAAUGAUUAAUCCAUUGGAUAUACAAUUUGUUGUACCAAAUCAACCAGAACAAAUUGGACAACAAGUUGUUGAACAAAUUCGUCAACAAUUAGGUUCAACACCAAUAUCAUUGGGUGAAUUGAAAAAUAAAAAUAUGAGUUUUACAUUAGAAAUGCCUGGCAUACAAAUGAAUCGUACGGUUGAGACAAACAUUUCCGAUCAGACAAUUGUACGAAGACGUCAAGGUCAAUAUCAGUUACCAUCGGCAUCCACACCGAUACCGAUGGCCAAUGCACGACCAUUUGUCGUACAAACUUAUAUGAAAAAACCGAAUCCAAACAGCCGACCUGUUGAAAAUGUUCGAGUAAUGGCAAAACCGAUGACUUAUAUGAAUUAUACAGCACCUGCAGCUGCACAAGCGCCAUAUCCUUUGCCUGUGACAUCCAAUUCAUAUCGUCCGUUACCACCUCCACCAUUGCCAAUGAAAAAUUAUUCAACACCACAAGUACCAUUACCAUUAUCAUCACCAUCUGCUACCGUUUACAGUGGUCAGAUUGCCAAUUAUUCAACAACGACAACAACCGGUCAACAACAAUCACCGAAUCUAACAUCCUAUAUGACUUAUGGAUCACCUAAACCUGUUCAACAGGUAAACAAUACUGGUGCUGGACAAUACAAUACUCAACCGCCAUUGAUUUCAUAUGAACGGCCAAAAAUUCCAAUGAGAAUUUAUGCAACAAAUGUUCCACCAUUAUUACAACCAAAAACCGAUUAUUCUGCAUAUCAAAGUCAAACAAAUUCAGCAAGCUACGUAAAUCCUACUAAUAAUGAACCUAAAAUUAUUUAUCGAUAUAUUGAAGUUUGUAAUGGUAAACCAUAUGAUGGUCGUUCUACAAAUAAUUAUGAUAAUAUGGCAAAAGAUCUGACAAAAUCAGCCAAAACUGAUUUAAAUGAUAGUCAAAUGAAACUAAUGGCUGCACAAUCACAAAUGGAAUCCAGUAUGAAAGAAUUGGAACAUGCAAGACAAAUGAUUAGAUAUUAUCAAAAUCUUGUUCCGCAAUUGAAUUCUUAUGCACAACAUUAUGCUAAUGCUGGUUCAUCAAUGGUAAUGAAUCCAAUGGCUGAAAUAGCUGCUGCUGCUCCUAUAUCACCACCGCCAAUGUAUCAUUAUGCAAUUCCACAACCACAAUCACCAUAUCAACAACAACUACCGCAACAAACAUCAUAUUCUGGUGCCGCAUAUUCUUUACCACAAACCGACGGUGUAUACGAUGGUGGAAAUAUAAAAAUCAGUUAUUAUGGUACAGAAGAAACAUAUAGAACUGAUAAUUCUAGUGCAAUUCCAGCCGAAAUAGCAAUUUAUUAAAUUUUUUGUUUUUUGAUGAUGA